AUGUUGACAACUUUGGAGCCUCAAGUGUUGGUCAUUGGAAUGUCCCUAACUUCCUACAUUUUUGCUUGGGGUUUGGACAAGGUCUACAAGACUGGAAUUAUUGACAAAUGCUUUUCGUUGGAAUAUAUUAGAGGGAGCUACAAGACUUUGUCAUCUGAUUCUUUCAACUUUGCAGUGAAGGACAUCCACGCUGGGAAAAUCGUAUUGAUACAAUAUUUCUACCGAGAGCAAAGCGGCGUGGAUUCGGCUUUUGGACAGAGUCUGGUGCGGUAA